AAUUAUAUACAAUACAUGGUUUUAUUCGUGGACGUUCUGUACCACUGGUGUAUGCUCUUCUUCCUGGUAAAUCGGAGGCCGUUUAUGGUGAACUAUUUAAUGUUUUGGUACAAAAUGUCAGCAAACAUCCAAAAUCAAUUACAAUUGACUUUGAGAAAGCUGUCGAAAAUGUUAUUAAACAAAAAUUACCAACAACAACAAUCAACGGAUGUUUUUUUCAUUUUAAACAAGCUUUAUGGAGAAAAAUAGAAGAUUUAGGCUUGCAACAACCAUUUGUUAAUGAUCGCGAAGUUCGGCGUUACUUAAAAAAUUUUGCUUGUUUAUCCUUUGUAUCUGAAGCUUUUGUUGUAGAAGAAUUUGAGAGGUUUCAAGAUGAAUCUCCUGACUCGAUAAACGAUUUCGUCGAUUAUUUUGAAGAUAAUUAUAUUGGGCGUCGAAUUCGUAAUAAUCGUCNGGUAGGCAUUAUAUGA